AUGUCCGAAGAACCGGUGAUCCCGCCACCACCAGGGGCCGUGUCGAAUUUGGCACAUCCUCAGGACGCCCUUCAUACGGUGAAUCUAGCAACUCAAGUGUUGUGUAUGAUCGUUGUGACUACCACAGUGCUGUUGCGUAUCUUUAUCAGCGUGCAGCUUCGGAAGAAAUUGGAACUAGAGGACUUUAAUGCCUAUGGUGGUGGAUAUCAUGCCUGGGAUGUUCCUAAGAGCAAAUUCCUCAAUUUCCAGAAGGUAGACCACCCUCGACCACCCAGCAGACAGAAACCCCAGCAAUUACUAAUGACAACCCGACUCAAGGCCUCGUACGCGAUCACGCUCAUCUACGUUCCGAUGGUGUUUGUCGUCAAGCUGGCCCUGCUCUCCGUGAUGCUCCGGAUCUUCGCCCCGGACCGGCACAAGGUCAUGAUCAUCUACGCGAGCAUCAUCGUGCUUCUGCUCUACUACAUCCCGGCUUUAUUUAUCAAGAUCUUCUUCUGCAAGCCGAUUUCCGCAUAUUGGCACGGCACCAGCAACGGGGGUACCUGUAUCGACCAACAGAAGGUCAUCAUAGCCGACUCGGCCAUCAGCAUUGCCAGCGACCUGUGGAUCCUCAUUCUUCCAGUGCCGAUGCUGUGGUCGCUACAGAUGUCGACAACCAAGAAACUGCGGGUCAUCGGCAUUCUGGGGGCCGGAGGACUCGCCACUGCAUUUAGUAUCUGGCGCUUGGUCAUUAUGGUCAAGGAGGCUCGGACAGCGGACACAACAUGGUUUUGGAUUCAUUGCGUGUUGACAGCCAAUGCAGAAGCGGGCAUUGGACUUAUCUGUGCAUGUCUGCCCGUUUUGAGCUCGUAUGUCGUCUCUAUGAGGAACAAGAGCAGAAAGGCCACCCACGGCAGUUACCAGCGCAGUCACGAGCUCAGUAGCUGGAACAAACUCUCCAGCUCCAAGAGGAGCGCCAAACACGACUCCUUGCUCCAGACACAGACUGACCAGGCGCAGCUCAUCUCGACCGUCGAGAGCAGUGAGCUGCACCAGGAAUCGACCGCAGGUCUUGAGGAGAGCUACCAUCCGCCGGAUCGUCCCGUCAUCCAUAAGGAGGUUGUUAUGUCUCAGACCUACGAAGUGGUAAAAUAG